AUGGAGAAUGAAUAUAAUGCAAGAAGCUUAGCUACACUCUAUAUGUGGAUGCCUAGAAACCUACGGGACAAAUCCCAAGAUUUCUUACCCCUAACUAAGUUCACCAUUCAAGUAUGGGACCAAUUCCACAGGUCACAAACAGCUAGCAAUAAAUUUCUAAAGUGGGCACCCAUAGGGGCGCUACAUUCUAUCUCUCCAUGGCUAUCGUUCGCGAAAUGGUCAGAAAAGGGAAUCACCCAUAUCGACACUCUGUGUUCACAAGGGGAAGUGAUUCCGUUCCCAGAAUUACAAGUAGCACACGACCUCCCACCAUCCUUCAUCUUUCCAUACAUGCAACUUAAGAGCAUAAUCAAAGAGAGGGUUCUGCUCGCACCACAACUGGCAGAUCACUCUAGUAAAGAGAGAUUGGCGCUGUAUGAUAGAUGCCGUAAGGCCCCAGUCAAGGCCCGCUCACUUUCUCUCAGUUAUGCAGCCCUAAGACACAAUUCCAUGAUGCCUGAAUUCUCCUUUAUAGCACAGUGGAAUAGGGAACAAACCACACGCUUUACUAAAGAUCAGUGGUUGAGAUCAAUAUUAGCGCUAAAAGGUAUUACAUCCUGCUAUUCACAUGUACUCAGGGGUAAGAUCACACCUGAGAUAGGUCUGUUUCUUCUACUACCUACAAUCACCCCAUUCCAGGACAAACAACUAAUAAUUCUGGUAAUCAUGGCAGCGCGUAACCUUCUAGCAUAUUAUUGGAAGCGGAAAGACAGUCCGUCCUCACAGACACUACAUAGUAAAAUCCGGCAAUACCUUAGACAUGAGCAAUUAUCCACAACUACGACUAAACAUGGGAAGGCCACACAAAAUAACUGGCAGAAGUGGAUAGCCUAUGACCCAAUGUUAGUACCAUAA